AUGCCCAGUGGCCUGAGCUCUCAGAGCUGCGCUAGGGUGGAAGGGGGCCCGUCCCCGCAGUAUCUGGCUCACCCGCAGCGGGUGGUGCUGAAGAGACUCUUGGGGGCUGACCGGGAACAAGGACGAGGUUUGGGGCCUGACUACCCAGGCCAGGAAGCAGGGGCGCUGGGCAGAGCUCAGGCCCCCCGCCCGGGGGCCCAGAACGCAGGCCUCCCAAGAGCAGACCAGCCGUUGAGAACAAGUCAUCUUCAGAGGGAAGAGGGAGGCGGCUGCCAGAAUGCUGGCACCAUCUACGAAGAGGCAACGGGACUGAGCGGGACACACAGCGUCGCAGCAUCGCUCGUCCACAGGCCCUUGUUCCGAGAGAGAAAAAGUAAAGGCUGGGGCCGGUGCGCCUGCCGACAUGCUGCUCACUCAGUCUCCCCUGGAGAGCUCGGGGCAGGUCCAGGCGCAGAGCGCCCAGAGAAACACGGGGAGUCCUCGAAAGCCCCAGGACUGGGACGCCCCGCCUUGACCUUCUGCCAGCCAGGAGAGUGGGAGGACGUCCCCCAGGUUGGCCUAGAUGUUCCUCUGCUUAGGAACAGGAUCUUGCUUCUCCAGGUGUUGGAGGAGGAUCGGAAGACAAGCAGCUGGAGAAAGUGUAGGCGAGUCAGAAGACCGAGGCGGAGAGGGCGGUGUGCCGGCAUCUUCUGGCCACCACGGAAGAAAGCAGAGAGGGACAUGGAGAGGAGGGGGCGGCUCAGGGGGAGCGCGUGGGCUGCCCCGCAGCAACGGCUGCUGCUGGACUGGAGGCGCUUCGUGUUUAGCGGAUGCACCUGAAGUUAGUUGCCAGGCAGCGGGCCCUCGUGCUGGAGUUCCAGGCAGCCCCCUGGCUGUGUCCUGUGGUGUUUUCUGUUGGGCUGCAGACCUACACUCCCACUCUAAGCCCGGGACGUCAGGGGCAGUGAGAGGAUGAAUUUCUGGAGCGUUUUCAGGUAAGCAGGUAGAAGGUGUUCUAUAAAUGUGCCAAGCUUGCUUGGUUUGCCUAAUUUAGAUUCUUAGGGGAGUCCAUUAAGACUGGUUCGUACCCUUCUGUCAUUAACAUUUAUAUGGAAUCUUGUUUUCUUUGUUUUUUACUAUGGUUUUGUUUUCUUUUUUAGUAAGUGAUCUUGCCUCACCAAAGGCAAAAGGCCUCACCUAGCUUAUGUAAGAAAUAUAAAUUAAGGUCCUGAAUCACUCCACUAGUACUUGGGCAGAAAAGUUGAACUCUGCGUACUUCUUGAUAACUGUGCUACUAUAAUUUUCUCCAAAACUGAGUAAUCUGCCGUCAGACAAAAUCUGCUAACAGCCUCACUCAUUGUUACAAGAUUAAUGUCACUGCUUGCCGGAGAUGCUUCCUUUCCUCUUCUAGACUCACAAAAGCACAGCCUUUGAUAAUUAAUCCUGAUAACACCAACACAGAAACCCAGAUCCUUGACAUAUAACUCAGUGACUCGGCAGAAAGGAAAAACAUCUCACUUGCACUUGAUAAAGUUUCAUAAAAAUGUGUAUUUUGCUAACUUUCAUGAGAAAUUUAACGAUUUGGAGAAAUUUUAUAUUUUCCCUGGCUGAUUUUCAUUUGUAUUUAAAUGUUUGUUUUAAAGAAGAUACAGAACCAAACCUAGGAGAGAUUAAAUUUUGCCC